AUGCCUUCUGAGCCGCCCCCUUCGCAAUCACAGAACCGCCCAUCAUUCAGCAACCACCGUUCUACGAAUUCCGUCCACAGCCAGACCGAUUCGUCCGCUCAAUCACCACCACCCACAACCCAACAUGCGAAGCCCAAGACUCAGAAACACGUAGUCGGUGGAGGAGGACGAACACACGCGCGAGUACCAUCGAAUAAGGGCCUGCACAAGUUGACAAAGGCUCAUGCUACUGAAGGUUCCCAUACCGAUCUGAAAAAGCUGGCCCGAAAUUCGUCAUCUUCGACCUUGAAGAAGAACUCUUCGGGUGUUAAUCUGAGGCGCAAUCGCUCUUCUAUUGACGUACCCAAGCGUCCAAAGACACCUCAAGACCACAUCAAGAGACCAACAUCUGUACAUUUUGAAAUUGGAGAUCAGGACGAGGCCUGGGAGAGCAGCUCCGCGUCGCCAGCGCUGUCCAGAUCGGUUUCCAGACCUGCCAGCUCCCACUCCUCUGCGAAACCCAGCGCCGCCAAUUCAGAGGCAAAUUCACAACCACAAUCACCUAGAGCAAGGAGUACUUCGAACUCUGCUAUUAAUAGGACGGAAGACAAACAAUCUACACGCCACUCUGCAGACGCGAAAGUAAUCACGGAGCGGUUACUACAGAGGGUCAGUUCCCGUAACACAACCAAGAUGUCUCUCGCUACUGCAACCCCUUCCACUUCGACUUACACCCCCGAUUCACCUGACAAGAGCCAGUCGUCUACAAUCAAUGGCACCCCAAACAUCGGGAGUGGCCAGGAGGUCGUGUCUCGCUUUGUAGCCGGCUCCGGUACACCAAACGAAAACUUACCUUUUCUCCAAAGCCGAAAGAAUGAGGGACGGGCUAAGGAAGCAAACGAUGAUAUGAAGCGAGCUCAAUCAAUGGGCAACCUGACCAGACCAGACCUAGAUUCAGAAGAUGAGGAAGAUAGCGUUCUGGCUCCCCGAUCCAGGAAGUCUUCGACAGGAAACGCAUACGUGCCACCCCAGAACUCGCGCACGCAGCAGAAGCUCUGGCUACAGAGAGCAAGUUCGAACAUUGAGCCCCAGCAAAUGGCAUCCGGCGUGGCGAUGAACGGUCUGGCGGGUCUGCACGGAGGAUUAGGAGGUACCUCUCUUGUUGGAGGCGCAGGCUAUGAUGGUCGUGAUCCCCGUAUCAAGCUCCAGCUUGAGCGCACUGGCCUUGAGUACUUGGUUGUGAGACGGCACCAAGAUCCCAUCGGCCAAGCCAUCAAGCGCCUCAACCAGCUGCCCGGCGUGGAGAAGAGCCGCAGGAUACCCAGCCAUCCUACGAGAGCCGGUGAGAACAUCGGUCGCCACGCCCUGAGCCAGAACCUGAAGGAGUCGAGGGGCAGGGUCCAGAAGACGAACGGGAGCUACGAGGGGCAACCUACGAGUCCGGAGGAUGGCCACGCGAGUGAUCGAGGCAAUGAUGGUAAUGGACACGGCUCGCGGCUGAGGGGUUUAUGGGAUAAGAGCUAUGAUCUUGCCGCGAGCACCGAUUGA